GUGUCAGUUCUGCUGUGGUCAUGGAGCGACUAGUGAGUGUGUGCGCGCUGCUGAGCGUGGUGAGGGCCACCAACCCUCUGGCUGGCAUCGCAGACCCUGCCACGUGGGGUCCGCACCUGGCGCCUCUGGAGCCCGCCUGCCGCGUCAGCCUGCAGCACUACCUGGCGGCGCUGGACAACGGUACAGCCUGGGCCGUGCGAUUGGCGGAUGCGAGCGGGCGGUAUGCGUCGCAGUUCUUCUUUGGCAACGACUUCUGGCUGGGUUCGCGCGACCUGUGCGCCGAGCUCAGCAUGCCGCCGCCAGGAGACCCCAAUCCCCCUCUGGACGUGUCCUUCCACGUGGCCAAGCUGCAGCUCGCCUUGGCGCAGGACCUCACCCCACAGAGUCGCGUGGUGCUGCUGGGAGUUUGCCUGCCAAGGACCUGCUCUUCCCAGGACAUCUCUAGUCUCCUGCAGUCUUCAGGCCAGGACUCGUCUCGGUCCUUGAGGGUGCUGCAGGUUCGAGCGGUGCCAGGCACUUACUCGCUUCUGGCCGACUACAAGUUCCACAUCCUCAGUGGCGUGUUCAUAGCACUCGUGCUACUGAUGCUCGUCGGGUCCACAUACGAACAGCUCAGCCGACAGCUCAGCCCUGGUCGAGGGAACCAGUCAGAAGAGACCGCAGAGAAGCCGCGAGGAGGCGACAGCACUGCACACAAGCCAGGACUGGCGGGCCAGGUGCUGCUGUGCUUCUCCGUGCAGUCCAACGGCAGCAAGAUCCUGCAGUGUGGGGUGUCAGAGGAGUCACUGACCUGCGUGCAUGGCCUUCGCUUCAUCAGCCUUGCCUGGGUCAUCCUGGUGCACACAUACCUGCAGGUGUUCGCCAUAGCAGAAAAUAAAACCCUGAGAUCGGUGACAGAAAGAAAUUUUAUGUUCCAAACAAUCAGUAACGCUACAUUUUCUGUCGAUACGUUUUUCUUUAUAAGUGGUCUCCUGGUAACAUUUGUUUACUUGAAAGCUUCAAGCAAAAGGAAAAGCGACAUGAAGAAGCCAAGCUUGAAAACAAAAAUUUUUAAACUUCUUUAUUUAAUGCUCUACAGGUUUAUAAGACUGACUCCGGCCUACUUGUUCGUGCUGGGAGUAGUUGAGGUGUCUGUGCGCUGGGUGCGCAACAACACUGUCUUCGAACCCAGCGUUGCCAACCACAUCAACUGCGCGCACUACUGGUGGCGGAACGCUUUGUACAUCAACAGUCUCUUUCCCAACUCGGAGAUGUGUAUGCUUUGGAGCUGGUACAUGGCAAACGACACUCAGUUCUACAUUUUGGGAAUACUUCUUCUGUUGUUCGUGGGAAGUCACUUCCGGAUAGUAGCAGCUUUCUGGAUCGUCAUUCUGGCCAGCUCAUGGAGCACCACUGCGCUGGUGUCGUACUUUAACAAUUACGAAGCCAGGAUUCAAGCACCAUUCGCCUUGUUCGACGAGCUGUACGACAAGCCAUGGACGCGUGUGGGCCCAUACUUGGUGGGACUCGUCACUGGCUGGCUGCUGUUCCGCACCAACUGCCGCUUAAACAUGACACCGGUGGUGGUAGCAGCAGGCUGGUUGCUGAGUCUCAGCUGCAUGUGCUGCCUGGUUUAUGGGUUAUUGCACCUGCAGCUGGGUGUGGUGGCCUCUGCAGCCUAUGUGGCUCUGGGUCAUACUGCCUGGGCUUUCUCCCUCUCCUGGGUCGUACUCGCCUGCUGUGCUGGAUAUGGUGGUGUGGUAAACAACCUGCUGUCUUUCCGGGCACUAUACCCACUGAGCCGGCUGACUUACUGCGCCUACUUGGUGCAUCCUGUUAUCAUGGUUCUGACCACCUUUCUGAUGGACGGACCACUACACCUGCACAAUGGCAUCGUGGUUAUCCUGUACUUGGGGAAUGUUGUAGCAGCCUUUCUGCUCGCAUUUCUUAUCUCUCUGGCUUUUGAGGCACCUGUAGUUCGUCUGCUGAAGCUCGCCACUGGAACCAGCCAGCCGCCACCACCUGCCCCUGCACCCCCGUCUGCGCACUAGCGACCUCGUCCACUCUUUUGUCAUUUGUGUGCCAGCUUUCAUGCUACAGUUACCAGUGUGAGAAUUUACAUUUAAGAAUAUUCCUAUUAGUUAUCAAACAUAUGUAUUAAAAUAUUUAUUCACCUUAGAGAAUGUUAACUAUGUAUAGUCAUAUUGCAAUGUUUGGAUUUUGUAAUAAAAGUUAAAAAUUAU